CUCAUAUUGAAAAGCGUUAGUGAAUUCCGAUAAAUCCUCAAGUACGUAAUGUUAUUGUUAUAUUUUUAAUGUUUUUUGUUUUAGUGUUGUUUCCAGUUCAUCUAGAGAAGUAGAGAUUUAAUGGAGCCCUCCAGCAUGGAAAGUGAAAUAAUGUUAAAUAACAAUUCUGAAGAUGUUGGUCCACAGCCAAUUGUGAAGUUCAGAAAUGCUUACAAGAGGUAUGGCCGGACAGCUGUUAUACUGCGUGGACUUAAUAUGACAAUACCGACGGGCACUAUAUAUGGUCUGUUGGGACCUAGCGGAUGCGGUAAAACAACACUGCUCAGCUGCAUAAUCGGCAGAAGAAAACUUGACAGUGGAACUUUGUUUGUUGAUGUAAAGUCCAAAGUGGAUAUGGGCUAUAUGCCACAGGAAGUAUCACUGUACGAGGAGUUCCAAAUUCACGAGGUUUUCCGAUACUUUGGACUUUUGACUAACCAAACUGAAGACUACAUCAAGCACCGUGAGAAAGAACUUGCAGAGCUUUUAGAUCUUCCUCCAACAAACAGACUUGUCUGUAACUUGAGCGGUGGACAGCAAAGACGGGUUUCAAUGGCAGUAGCUUUGUUUCACAACCCAAAGUUCCUUAUCCUAGAUGAGCCCACUGUAGGACUGGAUCCACUCUUAUGUGAAAGGUAA